AUGUUAAGUGUAUCUGUUCUGCGUUUAAUUAAAAUACGUAUCUGUCGCAUCUCUUCCUACAGGAUAUCAGGGAACAACGAUGUGAUUACAGCAUUUUUUGAAGGUUAUGACAAAGCCGUGAGACCGGGGUUUGGUAAGAUAUAGUAAACAGGAACAAAAAAGGGGGGGGGAAUAGAAAAUUGAAAUUGAACAUUAAUUUAUCAACAACUGUUCAAUAAGUUGAAAAAGGCCUUACCACCAGCGCGCAAACUACCGAAAACGUCAGGGAAAUAAACCCAUUCCAUCUCCUUGUCUUUUGGUUUUAAAGGUGUCAGUUGAAAAAUGGUUAUGGUCUUUUUCAUCCUAUUAAUUCUUUAGUUAUCGUCUAAUACAACAGAGUUUUUAUCUAAAUUUUGUCACGUGAUGCUCGGCCGUAAGCCUAUCCAAAAAGACGAAAUACCGGUUUGAUUGGGACUGAGAAGAAAUAUCGAUCAAAGUUCAUGUGAAUGUAAUAGCAAUUUUUAUGUCAAGGAAAUGUUACGUGAAAAAUAUAACAGAUCGCCCAUGGAAUAGCACACCCGAAAAAUAACUUUUGAAAUGGGCAAAAGUGAGAAGACGUGACAUUGAAGAAGAGAAAACAACAUCAACAAAACAAUCAGAGCUCUUGCAAGGUUACGGAAUGAGCACAAGUACUUCGCUUCUCACCAUUAAUUUUUCGUUUUAAUUGUCUUAGAAAACGGGACACCUGUUACCAUUCGAUCGAGCAUUUACGUUGAGUCGUUUGGAAACAUAGAAGAGGCCAAUAUGGUAAGUUUUACGUCAGAAGUUGAAUGAUAGUAAUUUUCAAAAACGUAAGCAGGGACGGAUUUACAAAAUUCAGAAAGGGGUGGCUGGGACAUUUGCCAGCUAUAACAAACUUUUUGUUAUACUGAAAAUUCUUUAAAAUGCAUAAAUAGAAAAUAUCACAUAAAAAAGUGGCGGCAGUCUUCUCGGCUCCACUCUUAUAUUCAUGGAAUUGAAAGUGCUUGUCCCUCAAAAAAUCCUAUAAAAGCUUGCUUACCUUCUUUACAUUCCAGGCUAUUACUGGUUAUUGAAAAAUGAGCUGGUGCUACAUGUGCAUAUCCUUUAGAGAUUCACUUAUAACUCUAGAAAAAGUCAGCGUUUUGACCCUUUACGCCCCAGUAUCGACAUACAAAUUCUCCAGACUUCACUCGAUAUAUUCCCCAUAAAAAUUAGGAGAGAAUUUGAUAAAAAUCAAUCCCUUAAGUGCUCAUUAUAUUUAUGUUAUAACUUUUUUUUUUAAUUAUUUAUGGAUAUUGCUAUAAGAAAACAGAUGUUCUUCACUUUUGGGACCGGACCAGAUGGCAGCCACCCACCGCCAGUACACCUCAUAAAGCUUAGUAAAUUGGUUUGAUAAAAUGUUUUCAUGACGUCUUGAUAUGCUUUCCAUAUUUUUUACUAGGAAUAUAAAGUUUACUCGUAUUUCCGUCAAGUAUGGAGAGACUCGCGCCUGGCUGGAAAACUUAACAGCACUUUCACAAUAAGGGGAGGUGACAUCGACAACAUGUGGGUUCCAGAUCCAUUUUGCUACAAUGCACGUGAAUCAAACCUCAUGCUGCCCAACGAGGAAGUACAUAGCCUUGUUCACAUACAACCCGAUGGAGAUGUCCUCAUGAGCAAGGGGUAGGUAUAUACCAUGUACUGUGAUUUUGAUUAAGAAAUGGGGUGGCCUAGUCACCUUUCGAAUUUUUGCUGUUGUGUUACAAAAUAUUACAUGAGAAUAUUUAGCCUUUGAUAGGUGAUUUAACGCUUCACAAACAAUUUAAAUUGCCUCAUAAAGUAAACAGCUUUCCCAUGGGGGAAUAACGAGCGCAGGACAUCGCCACGACUGGGCUUUGGGAACGGCUGAAGAACUAUUAAUCGGUAUUGUUGAAUUUUGUUCAUAACAGAAUGACUGUGCUAGCCUCUUGCGAUAUGAACCUUCAGGAUUUUCCACUAGACUCCCAGACAUGUAAUCUAAAGAUUGGAAGCUGUGAGUAACCUUGGCUAUGUUUUGUAAAAACUGGCCGCAAAUAAUAUGUAUCUGUGGUAUCUUUUUGUAGAAAAAAUGCAGUAUUUUGUGUAACUUAAAGGAAAGUGAGGACUUCAAAACUUUUUUUAAACAUGUCGAUAUAAUAUUUAGUUCAUUCAGAAGAUUAAUUCAGAAGCGAAACUUUUGGUGAAUCAUCAUUGCUUACGAUAUCUCUUGCUUGAUGCACAGACGCAUACUCUACAAGGGACAUUGUCUACGAGUGGAUCCCAGGAGAAGUGCUCAUUGGAAACAAAGAAAUGGCUCAGUUUUAUUACAAGGGCUCAAACUUGUCAUCGUACAUAGAUGUUUACAGUACAGGUAAGUUCGGCUAUGUUUUGUUCAGUGUCAUUGUUGUUGUUAUUUGCUGAAGUCCAUUUUCAUAGGUGGCCUUGACACUGAAUUUUUUUUCAGCGAGGUUUUUAUCUUGGUUUAAUUUUACCAUCUCUUUCAUAUAACCCAUAUUCCACAGGAAUAUAAAGUUUUUGAAAAUUUAGAAACGCGCAAUUGAAUACGUAUAUAUACAGUGUGUGCCAAGUUUCUCUAUUGCUGGCUGAUGUUAAUAUGAUCCCUGUCUUAUGAUUAAUGAAUAAUGAAUGAAUGAGUAAACUAUAUAUAAUUCCUCUACUAAGCUCUCUAUUACUAAAUACGUCUUUAACAUAAAUUUGAUUAACUCACUCUUCUUUUCGUAGGAAAUUUCGCAACUAUAACGGUAACAUUUUCUUUUCAACGGCGAAUCGGAUACUAUCUCAUCCAAAUUUACUUUCCAACAAUUUUUGUGGUGAUGUUAAGCUGGAUUGUAUUCUUCAUGGAAAAAGAUGACAUUGGAAACAGAAUGGCUUUAGGAAUCACCACAAUUCUAACCAUUAUGUUCCUUCUUGGAUCUCUUAAUGGAAAUUUGCCCAAGGUCAGCUACCCAAAGGCCCUGGAUUGGUAUCUACUGGUUGGAUUCAGCUUUGUGUUUCUUUCUUUGAUCGAAUGCAUGAUCGUGUACGUUCUUACGGUCAAAGCUACUGAAAAAGGAAACAAUGUCAAAUUUGAGGUAAAUGCUAUUUUCAAUAUUUCGGAACAUUCCCGCUCAAACGCGGGCGUGUAAAGCAAAGUUCUAAAGAAAACAUCCGGCUCGAAGGACAAUGCAAUGUUCGUUGUUCGUUCGAAAGCCGAUUAGCUCUAACCCGAGAUCAAAUUUUAAUCCAGGUUUCUUUUUCUUUUGUUCAAAAGCAUUUUCCUGGAUAAUUUUCUCGAUUCUCUUUAGAGCAUCUAAUCAUCAUUGCUCCUGGGGAGCAAGGGAUGGCGCAAUAGUGAGAGUUUAGGGUUGAGUUUGUUGUUCGUUCUCUCCUUUGCUCCGAGAGGUUUUUCUCCGGGUACUACGGUUUUCCCCUCUCCUCGAAAACCAACAUUUCCAAAUAUAAAUUCCACCAGGAAUCAGGUAGACGAAGAACCACUUUGUGGAUGUACCUCCAAAUCAUUAUUUAUUUUAUUUAUUUAUAAGUGCUAGACAAAAAGAAAAAACUGUAUUUACUUUUUAAGCUUUCAUGUCUGAAUUGAAAUUUCGCUUUAUCCGUGGGUUAUUUUAACCCUGCUUUGAACAACGUGGCCCUGAAUGAUUUUGUUUCUAUGUAUCUCAGAUUAAAUGCAAUUUUUUUAAAUUCCAAAUGUUUAUUAUUGACGGGUUCCUUUUCCUUUUUAAAGUGAUUCCCACUUUCCGUUUUUACAUUCAAGAGGACACAUUAUCCUUCCACAUAGGGUUAAUGGGUCUUUCAUGUUAUACUUUAAGAGUACGAACGGAAAAAAAUUACUUGAAAGGAGAUGUAAGAUAUUGCACUCAGCGACUAAAAUGAAUUGGCAAUAAACAGUUUUGGCGCCAUAACUAUCCAGUGUAGUGCGAACUUAGCCUACUAAUUUUUGUCUUCAGUACAAACAACAACAACAUUAAUAGAUCAAUGACAGCAUAUAGCACUCUUCUGUUUCACAACCUUAAUCCAUCCUGUCUUUGUAUUACAGAAUUACGGGAACUCCCGGUGGGAAAGAGUUCACUCGUGGCUCAAAUUAGCCAUUGCCUCAAAGAGUGCCAAAAGCUGGACCGAUUCUAAACACCAGGGGAACGGAUCAGCGAACCUACAAAGCCAAGACGACCUUGAAAUGGUUCAAAAUGCUACCAAAUCCAACAACACGGUGUUGGAGGAUGGUUCUCGAGAUGCAGACAGUGAGCAAACCAAAACCAUGGCAACAGUUGCUACUGCAGUUGAAAACAUUGCUCGCAUUUUGUUUCCAUUGGCAUUCAUUAGCUACAACAUUUUUUACUGGACCUAUUAUUAGGAUUCAAAUAAACUAUCGUCUAUAGUAUCAUGGAAAGGAAGUUAAGAGGCCGGCGAUAGUAUUGGGUGCAAACUGAGCUAAAACUAAAACUUAGUAUCAUCAGCUUUUUCUUCAGUUAGAACAUAGAGCUCUCAAAGGAAGAUACAUAUCAAGCAAUGCUUUUAAUGGGAACAGAAGCGUUCACCUUCUAAAUUAUAUCUGUUUUGUUGUUGUCGUGUUUUUUAAAAAUGUACACUGUAUUCAGCCAUCCUUAUUAUCAAACCCCGAAGAAAUGCAGGUGUAUGUAGAUUUAUAGAGUAUGUCAACCAUUAUAUGUUUCUAUGAUUGACCUUAGAGUUAGUAUAGGUAAUAGCAUGACUUGUAGGGAUAUUUGGCCUAAAUUCCACGGGUGAUAUUUCAAAAUUGUUAUACGUAAUUUUGAAAUAUCACUAGUGGUAUUUAUGCCAAAUAUCACGUACAAAUCAAGCUAUUAUUUGUUUAUACUACUAGCCGCAAAAGGUUUGUAAUUUUCACGUGUAGGUAUUUCAAAUUUAUGCUGAAAUACCACUGCUCUAAGCCAAUCAAAUUGCAGAACUUUCUCCUGUAGUAGUAUAAAGGGUGUUAUAAUUAGGAACAAUUAAGAGAAAAUUGUUGUACACGGCUCCUUUAAUUCUGCUUCUAACUAGGCAAUAGAGACCUUUAGAGUCUAUGACGAGGACAACUAGGAGAACCAGAUCAAUUCACCAUUUUCACACAUCCUCGGAGAUCCAGAGGCGGUCAAUUGGGUCAGAAAAAACUGCGGCGAAAGUUUUCAAGAACGGGCAGGAGAGCCCCUGGGAUGCUACUCUUAACGAACCAGUUCCACAACUUAUUCGAAUGCUUGAUGUCUGUGAUUGCCAAUCAGAGGCCAGCAUCAAACUUUAAGUAAAAUGUCGUCCUUGUAGUUGGUCCUUGCCCUCAAAUCUAAAAUUGUCAAAUGAUAUAUUGACCUACUGGAAUAAAUACUAGUGCACACCCAAGGAUGACACGCGUCUUCACACUCGCAUGGCCAAGAUCUUAGCAAAAUGAUUUUUAAAAGUGAUGUCAUGUGACUUCUUCGUAAUCUUAUACAAUCCGCAGUCAGUAUUCACGCAACCUGCCACAACCUGGUUUUUUUGCAAGACGCUGUGUGAACGUAGGUGGUAAAACGUGUCACAUCACGAUUCAACUCAUUUUGUUACAAUGUUUCGAAACAAGUUGCAUUUUUUUGCUGCCCUUUUUACCGUUGCUUAAGGUGGCGAAUAUUGAGAGCUUUGUUCCUUCAAUUCAUCAUUUUCACAUUGCCUAUAAUACACUUUGUUUAACCUCCCAAAUUUUGUAUAACUAUUGUUUCUUUUCUUCUGGGUAUGACCGUAGUCCGAAGAGAAAAUAAAGACAAUGUUUUCGCUGCAAAAUUUUGUGGGGCGAACAAUGUGCAUCAUGGGCAACGUGCAGUGUCGUCGGGAAAUCUUGAAGAUCUUAAUUAAGGAUUGCUAAUUAAAUCGAAACUGUGGCCAUUUUUAGCACCCUUUGUUCUUUCUCACGCAGUUCGAAUAUAUGAAGUUGAUACAUUUAUUUUUAAUAAAUGGCAACUCAUUACAGACACACAUAUAUAUUUUUUCUUUUUGCUCGACAUUCUUUGUCGUGGUUUGAGUGUUCAUAAUUUGUGUGUUGCGCUAUUUUGCUGUUAGUCUUUGCUUUUUAAAGUUUUGACAUAGUUGGCAAAUUUAGCCAAAAAAAGUGCAAGCGUUGUUUUUGACCAAGCGUGCGUCAAAUUGUCGUGAAAUAAAAGGAAUUUUACCGAUGAGGCUAGAUGCAUGGCUAGCUUUAACUUAAAUUAUGCUAUAUUGUAUUUUGAUUUAAGUGGAAACACGCUGUGAGCGUGCAUUCACUUUAGUAACGUACAAAGUACCUUGGAGGCUUACAUAAAUCAUAUUUGAUUGGCGCCAUAUGAACAGAGUCAUAGUGAAUCUGUGUUCUUGUUUGCUCAAAUUUGCGAAUCCCUAAACAGUUUUUCAAAAUGUUUACGUUAAGUAUGCUGGUACGCUUCAGAUCGCGUUUUGUCUGCACUGUGAAUGCAACCUGGGCUCACCUUGCCUCAGGGCUCGUUAUCAGAAGACUUUUUGAUAAAUUCACAAAUGAUUGCUUGUACCCAUGGGUGUUUAUUUCUGUUUAAUCCUCAUUAGGACGUCUCCUCAGCUGUUGAAUUAUUCUCGACGGGAUUAGGUAUUGACCGCUUGGAAAACUUGUAUUCAAUUUGGACGUUCUAACUAAUAUACACAAAUGAUAAGGUACAGUAAGCGUUAUUGUUUUUGAUCACAUCGUCUGCUUAAAAUAUAUUCAUAUUAGCAUAAAUAUUCAAUUAGACUGAUACACGGGUGGAAAUUAGUAUACUCAUAUCACAGUACACUAAAAGGUUUCCAUUUUCGUCGUGAAUGUUUGCGGUGAGUAUAGCAUUUGUUUUCGUCAAGCCUCAUAUUGGAAACUUUACAUCGCCUCAGUACCUAAGAAAAUGAGCCGAGUGAUUUUUUUUUUCGACAGAGCUUCCGCAAUUGUUACGGCCUUGAUUGCACAAUGAACAAUUCACAAAUUCACAAGUUUAUUUUAAUUCUUUCAUACACCUCGAAAAGGCCUGUUUUAUUGUGACAAUUAUGCACGCAAGCUACAUGAAAUUCGAUUUUCUGUGAUUCGACAGGUCCACCGCCUAUACCUAUGAAAAUGAGCAGGGUGAUAUUUUUUUUAUUUCAGACAAAGCUUCCGCCACCGUUUAAUCAGUAUUUUAAUUACGUAAAUCUGGCUUCUUUAACUCUUAAUUUCCUAAGAUUUCUUUCAGAAGUUUCCCUUUCUGUUCAUUUACCCGCUUUUGAAAGAGUGCAACGAGAAAGUUAUUUGUCUUUAAUUUGUUAAUGAGUGAUUUAGUCCGGAAUCAAUUUUGGCCAGAAAACAUGAACAGGAACAAAACUGUAUAAAGCAAUAAUAUCAAAUAACUUAAAAGUAACGUCCAUUUCGUUUGCUCUUGUUGUUGCAGAAAGAACAAUUCACAAAUUUACAAGUUUAUUUUUAAUUUCAUGGCCUGGAAAAGACCUGUUUCAAACGAAGAACUUUUCGUAACAAUUAACCAUGCAAAUUACAUGAAAUUCGAUUUUCUCUGGUUCGACAGGUCCAAAUUGAGAAAAGUUCAGAUGCAGGACUUAAAUGGCCGAACUUAUACAAUUUUAGGCAAAAAAAUCGUUAAAUGAUGUGAUGUAAUAACUUAUCAGAUUUUAUGCAAUAGGGUCGUCACAUAGAAUGUUUGAACAUUUACACCUGAAACAAAGCUGCUCCGAGUUCUUUUCAAAAUCGAAACUCCCAGCAGAACCAGGCGGGAAGGGCGGCUGAGCCGUAAGCCGCUUCAAAUUGAAAAAGUAAUAUCAGAUUUCGACACCGAACGUUUCAUAUAUUACUUAAUUCGAUGUAGUAGGUUUAUUCUGAAUCUAAAAUGUCCGGCGUCUCAAUCACGUAGAAAAGACGUAAAGUUCCAUUCAAGAUGGCUCACUUCCGGCAUGAUGACGUCAUGUUUCAUCCUGUUUGAACAGGCAAAGACUAGACUUAAUACUCCGGAAAUAAAAUCGAAACUAACUGAAACUCAUAUAUAUGCAAGAUAUCGAUCUUUACACCUUAUGCUCAUUCAAAAUUUCUUACAAUACUUUGAUGGUCACCAAUAAAUAAAUGUCACUUAAAUAUGCAUUCAUUUCGUCAAUGCCAAAUUUUCUUAUGCUUAAAAAUAAUGCUGCUGUUACUAAUGGCUUCUUUUAUGUUCACGCAGCACGACUUCUUGUAUUAAUUGUUGUAAAUGUUAAGUAAAAUUGUUACAUUUAAUUGUCUUCAGCAUAGACACCGAAGGGAAAAACUGAGUCACAGAGUCCGCGUUAUAGAGUUAGGAAUUUUAUGAUUUCCCCUUCCUUUUGAGUCUUUUGCACCAGCUCAGUAAAGCAUCCCUACUAUAGGCAAAUCUUCGUUCACGUCACUGUUUACACUUUUGCUAAUUAGCAAGAGAAGUAAUUAAAAACCAAUAGAAGACCUCACCCGUAUAUACAAAUUAGGUUGAAACGUUAAAAGAGCUGAUGAAGUUGAGUAGUUUGUGCAAGUUUUAGCUAUUUGCCAUCAACAACUUAAGGAAACAAAAGCAAUCAUAAACUGUAUAAUUGCUCGGUGGCAGAAGCGUUAAUGAGCUCAUCAUUCUGUGUAAAAAUCGUUUUUUUUUUUCAAUUUUUUCGAAGAGAAUUUCUCCGGAAACAUUUGAUAUAUGCAUGGUAAGGCUCAAACCUUCAUAGAAAACUGAAAUUGUUAUGACUUUUUCAAUAUUUAGAGGUGCUAUUAAUAUGAGCUUUAUCAGAUGGUGAUAAGCAUAUGUUAAUGAGCGAGAAAAAGAUUCGCCUAUAAAUGUAUAAAUAUUAACGAAAAAGACUUAUUUCACAAACUAUAGGAAAAAGGGACAACGGUGUAAUAUUCUUUUAUAAACAUAUUUUUAUUAACGGUUUGUGUUCACGUACAGAUACAAGAUGAAAAAACUACUAUGUUUUUUUGCUGCGCUUUUGCUGAGUCACGCAAAACUGUAAGUAUCCGCUUUUAUUUAUUUAAUCGCAAAUCACAGAGUAUUCAACCUUUUUACAUACAUUUAUAGAUGGUGAAAAUCUCAAAACUUCUUCCUCUUAUCUAUUUUCACAGAAUAUCUUGUGAAGAUGAUGUCAUGACGGAAUUGUUUAAGGGCUACGACAAAGCAAUCAGGCCAAAUCACAGUAAAUAUGUACAAAAAUAGUUUGUAAAGUAAUGGCUUCUAAAAAGAAAAAUGCAUAUUGUUGGUUCAAGUAAACUUUUUUAAUCCUGAAUAAGCGUUUCCCUUUUUUUUUCAAGGAAUGGGUAAGCCGGUUACGAUUCGUUCAUCGAUUUAUGUGGAAUCCUUUGGAAACAUAGAAGAGGCCAAUAUGGUGAGAUAAUUGCGGAUUAAGUUAAGAUUUUAUCAGUUGUAAAUUGACUGAAAUGCUAAGAGUGGUCCGGCUGGUUGCUGAAAAUUAAAAAAGAAAAGAAGAGAGCUCCUCGAGUUGGAGCAAGUUGCUAAGAACACACUCUUUCUAUUCCUCUUGUUCCAGUGAACAAUGGAACCACCGAAUCGAGGCCUGAAAUUGGAAAAUGAAGUGAUCUGUAUAAAUUUUAUUUUUUUUGUAUGAAGAUUGGUGUGUGCUCACUAGAUGAAGGCACUGGAAAGAUAGAUAAGUAACUAGACAAGUUAUUUAUCGAUCCAACUUUCGAGUUGAUCACGCAUUAAUUAAUUAAUUAAGAAUUUUGCAUGUCAUUUACUUUCUUUUCGUUUUAAUGUCAGGAAUUUAAGGCAUAUAUCUAUUUUCGUCAGUCAUGGAAGGAUCCUCGCCUGACAGGAAGGAUCAACGACACUUUUACCAUACGAGGAGGAGAGGUAGACAAUAUUUGGACCCCAGAUCCAUAUUGCUACAAUGCACGUGAAUCGAAUAUGAUGACACCCCAUGAAGAAGUAAAUGUUAACGUACGGAUUUCCCCCAACGGAAACAUAUUAUCGAGCAGAGGGUACGCAUUGGUUUUUCUCUGAGGAGUUAUUUUGAGCUGUUCAGUUCACCAGUUUCCAGGGAGGAACAAUAGUACAAUGAUGAACGUUAGGGUGCGAAAAAAUAAUGCAAGCGCGCCAAAAAGGUGUGGUUGAGACUUACUAAGGCAUCACACGGUCCGAUGUUUCUAUAUAGAAAGUAGAAGCAAUGCAACAAUGGUAUCAUGUUUACAUGUGUCAAAAAUAUCUGGACCCCAGAUCCAUAUUGCUAUAAUUCACGUGAAUCGAAUAUAAUGACAACCAGGAGCCCUGUGACAACCAAUGAAGAAGUAAACCUUUAUGUCCGUUUUUCACCCAACGGAGACAGAGCAUAGAGCAGAGGGUACGAAUCAGUUUAAAACUGAAACCCUUUAUUUUGAGCUCUUCAGUUUUAAGCGCAGAAUAAUAGCGAGAAAGUGUUUAAAUUGGUUUUGUUUUUUGGGGGGGAGGGGGGGUGGGCUAUUAGUGAACUUACGCAACAGGACGGGAGAGGAAAAGAGACGCCAAUCCUUGUGUGACAAGGGUGGCAAUAAUUUUGUAUGAAAAGAAUUUCCCUGUCACGUUUGUCAGACACACACGUUUUGUCGUCCUCUUGUGUCUGCCGUCCUGUUGCGUAAACUCACUACGGUCCGUAGUCUUAUUUAGCAACAAAGCGGGAACGUCAUUUGACGACGGCAAAGCGCGCGAAAAGGACUAAACUCUACUUCCGGUAUCCACUUUGCCGCUCAGCCAUUGGUCAAGCCAGUUAUUUGAUUUGCGCGCGCCGUCGUCAACUGACGUUCCCGUUCUGUUGCUAAAUCAGCCUAUUAAUAACCAUAGGGCACGUGAGGAAUUGCAGUUAGUGUUAAUAAAGGCAUUACAUGGCGAUGUUUCUUGGGCAAGGCAACAACUUAAGCGACACUCGUCAACCGGAAGUGAGUCAUUUUCGCUUCUCAUAUACCUCGAUGCUAACAAAUGUGUAUUCCUAAAUGUCUUUUCUAUCAUAGAGACGAUUUGCUUGUUCAAAAUCACGAACCAAGUUUGCAAAAAGUCCACUUCCAGUUGACGUGCGUCGCUCAAAAACGUCGAUGCUUAAGCUCCCUAAUGGCAUUGUGUGAUAGUCGUCCGUAUGUUUUUGUUGUUGUUGUUGUCGUUGUUGUUGCUUAUUUGUUUAUUUGCUUUUCAAUCUCAGGGUAACUUUACUCGCUUCUUGUGUGAUGAAUCUCCGAACCUACCCACAUGAUUCUCAGCAAUGUCAUCUCAAGUUUGGAAGCUGUAAAUUGUUGUUGUUGAUUUUUUUUUUUUUUUAAUCGUGAUUAAUGUUAAAAAUGUCAUUCUAAAGAGGUUUUCUACGAAAUCCUCUCCAGUUAAUUUAAUGGCAUGGUUAAAAAGCUAAAAGCGGAGGCUAUUCUCUCCUUAAGAGUUUGGUUUCUUUUGUUAACGAGACCAGCGAAAGAAAUCUCUGAGAACAGCCAUCACUGUCCAUAUGCAGGAGCCCAUAACUCCCAAACCAGUGUAGUGGGAGGUUUCCGUAUUAAGCUUGAGUCCGUGUAGUGGGGUUUGAGUGUACCUAUAAGAGCGCAAACUGUUCCUCCUGUUUACUCCCCCACCCGAAGAACACAUAUCCCUAGUGAUAUGUGUUCCCUUACCCGGGAAACACAUAUCCCUAGUGAUAUGUGUUCCCCCGCCUGGAAAACCCAUAUCCCUGGUGAUAUGUGUUCCCCCACCUGGGAAACACAUAUCCCUAGUGAUUUGGUUCCCCCACCCAGGAAACAAAUAUCCCUAGUGAUAUGCGUUCCCCCACCUGGGAAGCACAUAUCCCUAGUGAUAUGUGUUCCCCCACCUGGGAAACACAUAUCCUUAGUGAUAUGUGUUCCCCUACCCGAGAAACACAUAUCCCUAGUGAUAUGUGUUCCCUCACCUGGGAAACACGUAUCCCUAGCAAUAUGUGCUCCCCUACCCGGGAAACACAUAUCCCUAGCGAUUUGUGUUCCCCCACCUGGGAAACAUAUAUCCCUAGUGAUAUGUGUUCCCCUACCCGGGAAACACAUAUCCCUAGUGAUAUGUGUUCCCCCACCAGGGAAACACAUAUCCCUAGUGAUAUGUGUUCCCUCACCUGGGAAACACGUAUCCCUAGUAAUAUGUGCUCCCCUACCCGGGAAACACGUAUCCCUAGUAAUAUGUGCUCCCCUUCUUGGGAAACACAUAUCCCUAGUGAUAUGUGUUCCCCCACCUGGAAAACACUAUCCCUAGUGAUAUGUGUUCCCCCACCUGGAAAACACAUAUCCCUAGUGAUAUGUGUUACCCCACCUGGAAAACACUAUCCCUAGUGAUAUGUGUGGGUGAGUCCGUGUAGUGGGGUUUGACUGUACCCAUAAGAGCGCAAACUGUUCCUCCUGUUUACUUGUAAACCUUUUAACGUUUCAUACUCGCCUGAUCCAAAAAUUGUUUAACUAACAGUGACGGUAUUUUUUUUUUUUUAAUAGACUCGUACACAACUAGCGAUAUCGUUUACGACUGGGUUCCUGAGGAGGUUCAGUUUGGAAACAAAGAGCUAUCUCAGUUUCAGCUCAAGGGCGCCGAGUUAACAUCUAACAUAGAAACUUUUUCUACAGGUGAGCAUAACAUUAAGCGAUGACUACAUUCUUUAUUUCCCAUUUUAUAGCACUUUAUUUCUUCACAUAAUAAACGACUAAGGUGGCCCAGUUUAUAUAUUAGUAAAGGACGAUGUACUCAAAUCAGUGCAAAACGACGCAAAAAAAAAACAACAAACUUAAAAGCAACAAAAGCAUCAACAACAAAAAACCUUGAGUCAAACUAAAUUUUUAAGCACGAAAAACUUGAUUAAUGAAAAAUAUUCAAGAAUUUCACCCGAGGGUAGAAAAAAAUACUUGCGCAUGUUUAUCUCAAAAUCUUGUGUGAUUUCCUGAUAGAAACGUGUACGUAUUGCUGUUCCUAAAAUUUCCGCGUCAGCAUAAUAUACAGCGUUUUCACAUGACGUCACGGCGGCCAUCUUGGUGUUCCAAAACAAUGAAACGGCGGCCAUCUUGGUGUUCCAAACAAAUCUUGUGGGAGUUGAACUCUUUACUUACACAAACAAUUUCUUUUGUUCACAUAAAUUUGCAUAGAUGCAGGCCACGUCAGUGAAAACGCUCUAUAGGCUUCUCAAUGCAAAGAAUAGUGUAUAGCUGAUUCAAUAAAGGUUGCUUUGGGCAUUGGAAAGCUAUUGUUUGGAAAUCACUCAAAUAAAUUAUUGCAUUGUUCCAUAUGCCCAAUGUCAAAUUACCAAUGACCAAUUACUAUUUUUUUUUUAAAGCAACCGUUUUUGAUUUAACAUUAUCACGGUACUGUGAAUUCAUAAUAUGAUUUAGCAAGGGCUAAAAGCGAAGCUCUCAAUAAUAUCUUAUAUAGUUUUCUCAAAAAAAAUAUAAAAUCGCGUAAUGCUAAGGGGCGAAUCGAAGGCAAGGAGAACGGAGAAAGAACAACAGUAGGUCUAAUUAGAAAUAAAGCAACUUUGCACGUGCAGCAAACUUCACAUUUCUUCGCCGUUGUUUUGCACUACUACAAAGUGAAACUUCCAGAAACUUUCUAGUUACACUUUUUAUGGGGGAAAUGUCGUACGUGUUCUUGUUCACUUUCUUUUUUUACUGGCGCUCAUUUUCACCUUAGCGGCCGCUAGCAUUUCUCAUUUUCUCAUCACCGCUUCAAAAUUGUCAUGUUGUUAUACCAACAAAAAAUGUCUUCUUUGUUUUUUUUUAUCUCUCGCUCUAGCUCUCUGUCACUCUUUUUCUCGUUGGGCUUCGCUGGCCUGUCGCCUACUUUCUCUUUUUCUGCGUCUUUCUCUUUCUCUAUUUUCUAAAUUUGUGGACAUGAAAAUUAAUCUAAGCUAAAUACUUUGGACAACACAGAAAUAAUUUCCGCUUUCCGUUUUCGUCUUUAUUGACUCUUAAGUUGUCUCUGCCUUUCAAGAAGCGGUUGGCUAAGCGAUUUCCCGCCAAAAUAACCUCGAGUUGCAUUUGGGCUGCCAUACCUGUUUAUUGAGUUAUUUUACAUUCAUAUGAUUGUGGUACGGACGGACGUAAGGUCACGUGAUUACCAAAUUUCUCGGAUGGGUAGAUUACCAGAUUUUCUUUAGUAUGGGGCUACGCUCGCGCGCGCGUAGAGGUCCGCUACAAAUGACGCAAAAAAAAAAAACUGGUCAUUUCGAAUAUUGGGGCUUUAGUUAUACUGUUAGCAACGACAUCAGAAACUUAAAUAACCUUUUUAAAAUUCUUUUUUCUCUUAUUCAAAAUGGGUAAAAGACAAAGUUGCAAACCAAACCCUCACGUUAGAACGGACUUGUCUUUCAAAUAUUUUAUUUUUUUUAUCUAUUCAUAUAUUCACAUUUUUAGUUAUUUAUUUGUUCAAUGUAUGAAUAAAAUGGUUCGCAAAUCCUAAUAAAUUUCCUAACUUGUACUUUUUUAGGGAACUUCUCGACCAUAACUGUCACAUUUUCCUUCGAAAGACGCAUCGGCUACUUCCUCAUCCAAAUCUACUUUCCAGAUAUUUUUGUUGUGAUGCUCAGCUGGAUCGUCUUUUGGAUGGAAAAAGUCGAUAUUGGCAACAGAAUGGCUCUUGGAAUCACCACCAUACUCACAAUCAUGUUCCUUCUUGGAUCACUUAAUGGCAACCUACCCAAAGUCAGUUACCCAAAAGCCCUGGACUGGUAUUUACUGAUCUCCUUCAUUUUUGUGUUCUUGUCGUUGAUCGAAUGCACGAUAGUGUUUCUCUUCGCAAGUGAAGCCAAACAAGACCAACAAAAGCCGAUAAAAGUCAUGGUAAAUGGAUUAAUGUUAGCCAGAAAGAUAACUUGACUAUUGAAGACUGCACUAACGCUGACUACACCAUAUUCACAGGAAAAAAUAAUGGAUUCCCAUUUUUGGAUAUUUUAGGUUAUUUAAAGAAUACCCAUAAAAAUCCCAAAUUUGGCAAAAUGAGACAAGUCCCAGCAAGGGAAUUCCCAACCAAGUUCCCUGAUUGGGACUUGUCUCACUCUUCCAAAUUUGGGAUUUUUGUGGGUAUUCUUUAAAUAACCUAAAAUAUCCAACAAUGGGAAUCUGUUAUUUUUUCCUGUGAUUCCGCCCUCUUAUGAAACCCCUGGGUUCAAACCUUUUUUUAAUGACUUACUUAUCUAUUUUUGUCUUCUUUAUGUAUUUAUUUGUUUGAAAAUGACUCAUUAACACCUAUUUAUUUGUUUAUUUAUUUAUUUUUUCUUUGGAGGUAGUUUGGCCGAGCGGUUAGGGCGCUGGGGCUCAAUUCUCGAAAGUCCCGAUAAAUAACGGGCCCGGUAAGGUGUUGCCGUUUACAUUAAAGAUCAAGGUUUCAAUAGUUUUGCAGCUAACAUGAUAAAACUAUCAGUUGAUGAAACAAAAUGAAGUAGUCUGCUAGCCAGGACCCGCGCUCUUCUUCUUUACAUUUCGAUUUGAACAUUUGAUUUCGGGCCCGAAAAGUUACCGGGACUUUCGAGAAACGGGCCCCUGGACUUGUAAUUUGGAGGCCCCCAAAGUUCAAGUCUCGCCCUAAUCACUGGCUGGGUCAGGAGCCGAUUACUUGCUGGGUUUGUUCUCCGUAGUCCCGAGUUCAAAUCCUCGGCUACUCUUGUAAAUAGCACCGCCUAGUUCGCCUCCUACCAGUUAUGAUUCUUCAAACCUUGUUACUUGUCAUUUAACUUCAUUAUUAUUAUCAUAUUGUGAAAGGUUUGAACCCAGGAGUCAUUUCAAAAGGUUGAGUUUGAUCGUCCGGGUGAACGUAGUCCUGAAUAGGACUGUGGUUGUUGACAGUGACUGACGUUUCGACAACCUGUGCGGUAGUCAUCUUCGGAGUCAAAAUGAGUUGUAUCACGUCAGUUGAUGGUAUUAUACUCUGGUUAUUGAUCUGAUUGGUCAAUUAUGUCGCGAUGUUAUUGUUCGUCUGUCAGUUAGGCCUUGAUGUUAUUGGCUAUGAAGACUCGUAAUCAGUGAUUGGUGCGUUUCGAUCCGUCUAUUGUCACAGUUAAAUAGUCGUCUAUUGUUAUUAUUAUUUAAUUCAUUAUCCCUUCAAAGUCCGAUAAGGCAGGGAGAUAAUAAUUACGUAUUUAUUUAUUUAUUAUCUAUUUUUCAGGAAAAUGGCGUCCCCCUCUCGGAAAAAGUCUUUUCGUCUCAAACGUCACUUGUUAGCUUCAGAGGUAAAAAGUCUGGAAACGAGGGCAUGAAUAAGGAACCUGGGAACGAGCUUGAGAUGGUAAAUGGUGCUUCUAAAGCCGACAACGCCGUAGUGGAAGAUGGGUACCAGGACGACACAAGCACAUUUCAUAAAAUGGAAAAGAUCGCAAACGCAAUCGAUAAAGCAUCGAGAUUUUUGUUUCCAUUUUUCUUUAUAUGCUUCAAUAUUUUUUACUGGACAUAUUAUUAGCCUCGAAUUAAAAGAAAAAACGUCUGAAGUGGGUCUAUAAGAGGGCAGUCAGCUGUUUCCAAAACCAAUUGUAUAGUCGUGCCGUGGGAGCUUAAAACUUGGUUUACACCUCGAAUCUUGGCGCGUUGUAAUCAAGAAGAUAAGCAUCGAAACAUUUUUACUUAGGAUGGCUUUGUGUAUGCAGCCCUUUGAUUGUCUGCACCAUGACAUAGUAUUGUUUCCUUUCUAUCUUUUCUAUAGCUGCUUUCGUACUUCGCCUAAACCUUAUUUUAACAAAACUAAUUAUUCGGUGAUACAACUAAUUGAAAAGCAAGAAAAACAAACCUUAUUGCUGCUGUUGAGGAAUGAAAAAGCUGUGCAGUAGGAGUGUGUAGUUUCGCUGCGAGUCGCCUUUUGUAACAAAUGAAUUAAGGGGUUGAUUUCUAGGAAACAGUAUAUUAUGGAGUUGGCCUUUUCCUAGACUGUUCACAGUCCUCUAUUUUUCCGUAAGAUCGUCAAGAUCGAGCGCUUUGCGUGACGGGCUGCCAUCUUGCAUGAGUGUCAAAACUACGUAGGGGGCGGGGGCGGUUUGGGAGGAAGCGAGAAAAAUAAAGGGACUGUAAUAACAUCACUGCAGCUCGUGUUCAGGAGGCGUGAGAGGAAGUUCACGCCUUUUACCAUUCAUUAAUUAAGAAACUCCGCUGGUGAUGAAAAACAUGCCAGACACAUUUAGCAUCGAUUACGCGCUUGUUUUUCGAAACAGUGAUUUUAUACUGUUUCUGGGCCAUUCCUCGAAAUAAAAUCGGCAAACAUGCACAAGAAAACAUUUUCCUAAUCAAAAUACCAAAAAUCCUUCGUGUGUUUGCGCAAGAUGUGCCUUAUGGUAUGAAAGCGUACGUUUUAUGGAAACGUCGACUUGUCAAUGCCGGCAACUUAGAUUAAACCCGUUGUCAACGCAAAUUAACAUCUAUUGUAUAAUGACCAAUCAAACGCAUGCGUUGCUGGUACAACGCGCUCCGUGAACACGAGCUGCAGUUAUGUUAUUACAGUCCCUCUAUUUUUCUCGCCUCUCCCCCCCCCCCCCCCCCCCCCGUCAGAGCUAUAAUCCCCGACGCCUGCCCCCUCGGUACCUUUGAAAAUCAAGAUACCCGUGACGGUAAGACGUGGUAUAUCUAAACGAUCUCACGAAAAAAUAGGGGACCGUGAACAGUCUAGCCAUUUCCGAGUUCCUAAAGCUCUCUCUUUCAUAAGUUUCAUCCACCUUUAACUGUUUAUUUUUUUCUGCUUUAUCAACGCGCGCUUUGUCGGGUUUCUAGUUGAAGUUUUCUCCUGACCGAGUCGGUGUUUUCCCUUUUCGGCGCCGACUCUCUUUCCAGGUCUAUUCACUGUGCCCCUGGUGAGAAUGACAGACCUUCUGAGCAGACUAAAAAAAUUUUUAAAUUAACAUCAGUCUAUGUUCCUGUCUAUAUUAGUGAGCUCACUAGAACUUAACAACAUGUAACAUAGCUAUUUAUCUAUUUAGUUCUCGUACCAUAGCUAAAUGAGUAAUUACCAGUAACUUAAUGCUAUACAUUCUUAUUAAAAAAUAACUAACGUAUUUGCGGCUAUUUUUCCCGCAGCUACAUGUAGUUUACGCUCAAUGAACUAUUGCGUGGUCAUUGAACUACUGGUGUGGUUAUUUAUCUGUUGUGUACUUAUUGAACUGCUGUGUGGUUAUUCAACUAACAAAAAGAAAAACCAGAUGAAUUAACGCUUCACAAACAAUUUAAAUUGCCUCAUAAAGUAAACAGCUUUCCCAUGCGCGAAUAACGAGUGCAGGACAUCGCCACGACUGGGCUUUGGGAACGGCUGAAGAACUAUUAAUCGAUAUUGUUGAAUUUUGUUCAUAACAGAAUGAGUGUGCUAGCCUCUUGCGAUAUGAACCUUCAGGAUUUUCCACUAGACUCCCAGACAUGUAAUCUAAAGAUUGGAAGCUGUGAGUAACCUUGGCUAUGUUUUGUAAAAACUGCCUGCAAAUAAUACUUAUCUGUGGUAUCUUUUUGUAGAAAAAAUGCAGUAUUUUGUGUAACUUAAAGGAAAGUAAGGACUUCAAAACUUUUUUUAAACAUGUCGAUAUAAUAUUUAGUUCAUUCAGAAGAUUAAUUCAGAAGCGAAACUUUUGGUGAAUCAUCAUUGCUUACUAUAUCUCUUGCUUGAUGCACAGACGCAUACUCUACAAGGGACAUUGCUUACGAGUGGAUCCCAGGAGAAGUGCUCAUUGGAAACAAAGAAAUGGCUCAGUUUUAUUACAAGGGCUCAAAAUUGUCAUCAUACAGAGUUUAUUACGGUACAGGUAAGUUCGGCUAAGCUUUGUUCAGUGUCGUUGUUGUUGUUAUUGCUGAAGUUCAUUUUCUUGGGUGGCCUUGACACUGAAUUUGAUUACAACGAGGUUUUUAUCUUGAUUUGUUACCACCUCUUUCAUAUAACCCAAAUUCCACAGGAAUAUAAAGUUUUUGAAAAUUUAGGAACACGCAAUUUAAUACCUUAUGUGCCAAGCUUCUUUAGUGCUGACGAUGUAUGAUUAAUAAAUAAUGAACGAUUGAGUAAAUUAUAUAUAAUUCCUCCACUAAGCUCUCUACUCAAUACAUCUUUAACAUUAAUUUGAUUAACUCACUCUUUUUUUUCGCAGGAAAUUUCUCAGCUAUGACUGUAACAUUUUCUUUUCAACGGCGAAUCGGAUACUAUCUCAUCCAAAUAUACUUUCCAACUAUUUUUGUGGUGAUGUUAAGCUGGAUUGUAUUCUUCAUGGAAAAAGAUGACAUUGGAAACAGAAUGGCUUUAGGAAUCACCACAAUUCUAACCAUUAUGUUCCUUCUUGGAUCUCUUAAUGGAAAUUUGUCCAAGGUCAGCUACCCAAAGGCCCUGGAUUGGUAUCUACUGGUUGGAUUCAGCUUUGUGUUUCUUUCUUUGAUCGAAUGCAUGAUCGUGUACGUUCUUACGGUCAAAGCUACUGAAAAAGAGAGCAAUGUCAAAUUUGAGGUAAAUGCUAUUUUGAAUAUUUCGGAACAUUCCCACCCAAACUCGGGCGUUUAAAGCAAAGUUCUAAAGAAAAGAUCCGGCUCGAAGGACCAUGCAACGCUCUUUGUUCGUUCGAAGGCCGAUUAGCUCUAACGCGGGAUUAAAUUUUAACCCAGGUUUCUUUUUCUUUUGUUCAAAAGCAUUUUCCUGGAUAAUUUUCUCGAUUCCGGCUCUGUAGAGCAUCUAAUCAUCAUUGCUCCUGGGUACCAAGAGAUGGCGCAAUAGUGAGAUUUGAGGGUUGAGUUUGUUGUUCGUUCUCUCCUUUGCUCCGAGAGGUUUUUCUCAAGGUACUUCUGUUUUCUCCUCUCCUCAAAAACCAACAUUUCCAAAUUCCAAUCCCACCAUGCAGGAGUCAGGUAGACGAAGAACCACUUUGUGGAUGUGCUACCUCCAAAUCAUUAUUUAUCUUACUUAUUUAUAAGUGGUAGACAAAAAGAAUAAACUGUAUUAGCUUUUUAAGCUUUCAUGUUCGAAUUGAAAUUUCGCCGCAUUAUCCCUGGGUUAUCUUAACCCUGCUUUGAACAACGUGGCCCUGAAUGAUCUUGUCUCUACGUAUCUCAGAUUAAAUGCAAUUUUUUCAUUUCCAAAUGUUUAUUAUUGACGGGUUCCUUUUCCUUUUUACAGUGAUUCCCACUCUCCGUUUUUAUUUUCAAGAGGACACAUUAUCCUUCCAUAUAGGGUUAAUGGGUCUUUCAUGUUAUACUUUAAGUGUAGGAACGGAAAAAUUACUUGGAAGGAGAUGCAAGAUAUUGCAAUCGGCGACUAAAAGGAAUUGGCAAUAAACAGUUUUAGCGCCAUAGCUAUCCGGUAUCCUUUUGUCUGUAGUAUAGUACGAACAACAACAACAACAACAUUAAUACACCGUAAUUUUUAGGGAGUUAUUAUAACUCCAAAAAUGGAGUAAAAAUUUUAGGUACAGGAUAACCCCUUUUUUGGGGUUAUUUUAACUCCUAAUUUAACUCCGAAUUUGGGGUCAUUUUUAAACCUGAAAAAGAGUUCUUUUUACUCCCAGUCUUGGAGUUAAAAUUACUCCGAAAUGGGGUUACUUGCACUCCUUACAGGGGUUGUUUUUACUCUUUUUGGAGUUAAUUUAACUCUGAAAGUGGAGUAAAAAUUUUAGGUACAGGAUAACUCCUUUUUUGGGGUUAUUUUAACUCCUCAAUAUCUGGGGUCACUUUUACUCCCGAAAAAGAGUUCUUUAAACUCCUUUUUGGAGUUAAAAUAACUCCACGAAAAAUAACUCCACUGUAAGGAGUUAAAUCAGCCCCACUAGAGGAGUUAUUAUAACUCCCUGAAAAUUACAGUGUACAUCAACGACAACAUAUAGCACUCUUCUGUUUCACAAAACUAACCCAUCCUGUCCUUCUAUUACAGAAUUACAGCCGGAACUCUCGGUGGGAAAGAGUUCACUCGUGGCUCAAAUUAGCCAUUGCCUCAAAGAGUGUCAAAAGCUGGACGGAUUCUAAACACGAGGGGAACGGAAAUGCGAAUCUACAAAGCCAAGACGACCUUGAAAUGGUUCAAAAUGCUACCAAAUCCAACAACACGGUGUUGGAGGAUGGUUCUCGAGAUGCAGACAGUGUGCAAACCAAAACCAUGGCAACAGUUGCUACUGCAAUUGAAAAUAUUGCUCGCAUUUUGUUUCCAUUGGCAUUCAUUAGCUACAACAUUUUUUAUUGGACCUAUUAUUAGCAUUCAAAUAAACUAUCGUCUGUAGUAUCAUGGAAAGGAACUUAAGAGGCCGGCGAUAGUAUUGGGUGCAAACUGAGCUAAAACUAAAACUUAGUAUCAUCAGCGUUCUUUUAAGGUAAUACAACAACAACAAAUUAAAACAACAAACAACAAACAUAGAGCUUUCAAAGGAAGACACAUACGAAGUAAUGCUUUCAAUGGGAAUAGAAGCGUUCACCAUCUAAAUCAUAAACUGUUUUUUUGUUGUUAUUGUUGUUGUCGUGUUUUUAAAAAUGUACACUGUAUUCAGCCAUCCCUGUUAUCGAACUCCGAAGAAAUGCAGGUGUAUGUAGAUUUAUAGAGUAUGUCAUCCAUUAUAUGUUUCCAUGAUUGACCUUUGAGUUUAGGGUGUUAAAUAAUUAUAAUUAGGAACAAUUACGAGAAAAUUGUUGUACACGGCUCCUUUAAUUCUGCUUCCAGGUAGGUAAUAGAGACCUUUAGAGUCUAUGACGAGGACAACUAGGAGAACCAGAUCAAUUCACCAUUUUCACACAUCCUCGAAGACCCAGGGGCGGUCAGUUGGGUCAGAAAAAACUGCGGCGAAAGUUUUCAAGAACGGGCAGGAGAACCCCUGGGAUGCUACUCUUAACGAACCAGUUCCACAACUUAUUCGAAUGCUUGAUGUCUGUGAUUGCCAAUCAGAGGCCAGCAUCAAACUUUAAGUAAAAUAUCGUCCUUGUAGUUCGUCCUUGCCCUCGAAUUUAAAGUUGUCAAAUGAUAUAUAGACCUACUGGAAUAAAUAGUCGUGUACACCCAAGGAUAACACGCGUUUUCACACUCACGUGGCCAAGAUCGUUGCAAAAUGAUUUUAAAAAGUGAUGUUAUGUGACUUCCGCGUAAUCUUAUCCAAUCAGAAGUCAGUAUUCACGCAACCUGCAACAACCUGAUUUGUUGCAAGACGCUGUUUGAACGUGUGUGGCAAAACGUGCCACAUCACGAUUCAACUCAUUUUCUUACAAUGUUUCGAAACAAGUUGCACUUUUUUGCUGCCCUUUUUACCGUUACUUAAGAUGGCAAACAUUGAGAGCUUUGUUCGUUCAAUUCAUCAGUUUCACAUUGCCUAUAAUACACUUUGUUUACACCCCCCAAAUUUUGUAUAACUAUUGUUUCUUUUCUUCUGGAUAUGACCGUAGUACGAACAGAAAAUAAAGACAAUGUUUUGGCUGCAAAAUUUUGUGGGGCGAACAACGUGCAUCAUGGGCAAUGUGAGAAUGGUGUCCUUGGGAAAUCUUGAAGAUCCAAAGAAGGAUUGCUAAUUGAAUCGAAACUGUGGCCAUUUUUAGCACCCUUUGUUCUUUCUCACGCAGAUCGAAUAUAUGAAGUUCAUACAUUUAUUUUUUAAUAAAUGGCAACUCAUAACAGACACAUAUAUAUAUAUUUUUUCUUUUGGCUCGACAUUUUUUGUCGUGGUUUGAGUGUUCAUAAUUUGUGUGUUGCGCUAUUUUGCUGUUAGUCUUUGCUUUUUAAAGUUUUGACAUAGUUGGCAAAUUUAGCAAAAAAAAAUGCAAGCGUUGUUUUUGACCAAGCAUGCGUCAAAUUGUCGUGAAACAAAAGAAAUUUUACCGAUGAGGCUUGAUGCAUGGCUAGCUUUAACUUAAAUUAUGCUAUAUUGUAUUUUGCUUUAAGUGGAAACACGCUGUGAACGUGCAUUCACUUUAGUAACGUACAAAGUUCCUCGGAGGCUUACAUAAAUCUUAUUUGAUUGCCGUCAUAUGAGCAGCUUCAUGGUGAACUGUGUUCUUGUUUGCUCAAAUUUGCGAUUCCCUAAACAGUUUUUCAAAACGUUUACACGAAGCUCGCUAGCUGUGAGUACAACCUGGGCCCACCUUGGCUCAGGGCUCGUUAUCAGAAGACUCUUUGAUAAAUGCACAACUGAUUGCUUGUUCCUAUGGGUGUAUAUUUCUAUUUAAUACUCAUUAGGACGUCUUCUCAGCUGUUGCUUUAUUCUCGACGGGAUUAGUUAUUGACCGCUGGGAAAAUUCUUAUUCAAUUUGGACGUCCUAACUAUUAUACACCAAUGAUAAGGUUCCUAAGCGUUAUUGUUUAUGAUCACAAUCGCCUGCUUAAAAUAUUUUCAUAUUAGCAUAAAAAUUCAAUUACACUGAUACACGGGUGGAAAUUAUUACACUCAUAUCACAGCUCAUUGAAGGGUUUCCAUUUUCUUCGUGAAUGUACGUUUGCGGUGAGUGUAGCAUUUAUUUUCGUCCAGCCUUUCGUCAAGCUUCAUAUUAUAAACUUUGCACCGCCUAUACCUAAGAAAAUGAGCUAAGUGACUUUUUUUUCCGACAAAGCUUCCACCAUUGUUAAGCCUUGAUUGUAGAACGAACAAUUCACAUAUUCAUAAGUUUAUUUUAGUUCUUUCAUACACCUGGAAAAGACCUGUUUCAAACGUAGAACUUCUCGUGACAAUUAUGCAUGCAUACUACAUGAAAAUCGAUUUCGUGUGGUUUGAAAAAAAGUUAGACUAUUGAUUUAGAUGCCAAACUUAUACAGUUUUAGGCAAAAGAAUCGUUUAAAUUAUGUUAUGUAAUAACUUAUCAAGUCUCUAUCAGCUUAGCACUUAAAAGUAUAAGCGCUAUAUAAAUAUUCUAUUAUUUAUUAUUAUUUUUAUAGCGUCGUCACAUAGAUUGUUUGAACAUUCACACCUGAAACAAAGCCGUUCCGAGUUCGUUUCAAAAUCGAAACUCCCAGCAGAACAAGACGAGAAGAGCGGCUGAGCCACUUCAAAUUGAAAACGUUAUAUCAGAUUUCGACACCGAACGUUUCAUAUAUUUCUUAAAAAAUGUUUGACGUCUCAAUCGGGUCGAAAACACAUAAGCUUUCAUCCAAAAAUUGCUCACUUCCUACUUGAUGACGUCAUGUGUCAACCUGUUUGAACAGGCAAAGACUAGACUUAAUACACCGGAAAUAAAAUCUAAACUAAAAUAUUUGUUUGGUGUCCUCAGGAUGAACUGAAACUCAUAUGCAAGAUAUCAAUUAUUACACCUUUUUCUCAUUCAGAAUUUCUUACAAUCCUUUGAUAGUCGCCAAUAAAUAAAUGUCACUAAAAAAUGCAUUCAUUUGGUCACUGCCAAAUUUCCAUAUGCCUUAAAAAUAAUAGUGCUGUUAUAAAAGGCUUAUUUUAUGUUCACGCAACACGACUUCUUAUAUUUACUGUUGUUAAUGUUAAGUAAAAUUAUUACAUUUAAACGUUUUCAACAAAGAAACCAAACGGACAGACUGAGUCACAGAGCCCGCGUUAUAGAGUUAGGAGUUUUAUGACUUCCCCUUCCUGUUGAGUCUUUUGCACCAUGCAGCUCAGUGAAGCAUACCUGCUCUAGGCAAAUCUUUGUUCACGUCACUGUUUACACUUUUGCUCAUUACCAAAAAUAGUAACCAAUAGAAAACUUCGCCGUAUAUGUAAAAAAAGGUUGAAACGUUAAAAGAGCCGAUGAAGUUGAGUAGUUUGUGCAAGUUUUAGCUCAUCCUCGGAGACCCAGGGGCAGAUAGUGAGGACGAGGAAAAGUCUAAACAGCCGAAAAGAUGCGGCACGAAGAAAACUAAAGAACGGACACCGUUCUUUACUUUUCUUCGUGGCACAUUUUUCCGCCCGUUUAGACUUUCCCUCGCCCCCUUUAUCUGCCCCUGGGUUUCCGAGGAUGCUUUUAGCUAUUUGCCAUCAACAACAAAGGAAACGAGAGGCAAUCAUAACCUGUACGAUUGCUCGGUGGCAGAAGCGUUAAUGAGCUCAUCAUUCUUUGUAAAAACCGUUUUUUUUUUCAAGGAGAAUUCCACCGGAAAUAUUUGGUAUAUAGGGCUCAAAUUUGCAGAGAAAACUGAAAUUGUUAUGACUCUUUCAAUAUUUAGAGGUGUUAUUAAUAUUAGCUUUAUCAGAUAAAGAUAAGCAUAUGUUAAUGAUGAAGAAAAAAUUCGCCUAUAAAUGUAUAAAUAUUAAGAAAUUCGCCUAUAAAUGUAUAAAUAUUAAAAAAGGGACAAGAGUGUAAUAUUCUUCCAUAAAUUUAUUGUCAUUAACGGUUUGUGUUCACGUAUAGAUACAAGAUGAAAAAACUACCAUGUUUUUUCGCUGCGCUUUUGCUGAGUCUAGCAAAACUGUAAGUAUCCGCUUUUAUUUAUUUAAUCGCAAAUCACAAAGUAUUCAGCCUUUUUACAUACAUUAUAGAUGGUGAAAAUCUAAAAACUUCUUCCUCUUAUUUAUUUUCACAGAAUAUCUUGUGAAGAUGGUGUUAUAACGGAAUUGUUUAAAGGCUACGACAAAGCAAUCAGGCCAAAUCACGGUAAAUAUGUGCAAAAAUAGUUUGUAAAAUAAUAGCUUGUAAAAAGAAAAAUGCAUAUUGUUGUUUCAAGUAAACAUUUUUAAUCCUGAAUAAGCCUUUUCUUUUUUUUUCAAGGAACGGGUAAGCCAGUAACGAUUCGUUCAUCGAUUUAUGUGGAAUCCUUUGGAAACAUAGAAGAGGCCAAUAUGGUGAGAUAAAUGCGGAUUAAAUUAAGAUUUUAUCAGUUGUUAAUUAAUUGAGAUGCUAGGAGUGGUCCGGUUGGUUGCUGAAAAUUAAAAAAGAAAAAAAGGGAGCUCCUCGAGUUGGAGCAAGAUGAUAAGAAAACACUCUUUCUAUUCCUAUUAUUCCGGUGAACAAAGGAACCAAAUCGAGGCCUGAAAUUGGAAAAUGAAGUGAUCUGUAUAAAUUCUAAUUUUUCGGGCAUGAAGAUUGGUGUGUGCUCACUAGAUGAAGGCACUGGAAAGAUAGAUAAGUAACUAGACGCGCAUUAAUUAAUUAAAAAUUUUGCAUGUCAUUUAUUUUCUUUUCGUUUUAAUUUCAGGAAUUCAAGGCAUAUAUCUAUUUUCGUCAGUUAUGGAAGGAUCUUCGCCUGACAGGAAGGGUCAACGACACUUUCACCAUACGAGGUGGAGAGGUCGACAAUAUCUGGACCCCAGAUCCAUAUUGCUACAAUGCACGUGAAUCGAAUAUGAUGACACCCAAUGAAGAAGUAAAUGUUAAUGUACAGAUUUCCCCCAACGGACACAUAACAUCGAGCAGAGGGUACGAAUUAGUUUUUCUCUGAGGAGUUAUUUUGAGCUGUUCAGCUGACCCGUUUCCAGGGAGGAACAAUAGUACAAUGAUGAACGUUAGGGCGCGGGAAAAUAAUGCAAGCGCGCCAAAAAGGUGUGGAGCCCAAAGAGUGAUCAGCGUCAAAGUUCUCCUUGUAAUAUCAAUGCUUUGUAAAACUGGGUGCAACGAUGUUAUCAUGUUUGGGUGUCGACAAUAUCUGGACCCCAGAUCCAUAUUGCUAUAAUUCACGUGAAUCGAAUAUGACGACAACCAAUGAAGAAGUAAACCUCUAUGUACAGAUUUCCCCCAAAGCAUCGAGCAGAGGGUACGAAUCAGUUUAACCCUGAACCCUUUACUUUGAGCUGUUCAGUUUUAAGUGGAGGGCAAUGGGAUAACAAUGUUUUUUUGGUGGGGAGGGAAUAUUGAAAACCGUAGCGCACGUAAGGAAGUGCAGUUGAUACUAAUAAAGGCAUAGAGUACUAAAGUGAUGACGUCAUAAAAACGAAAUUUCUGAAAUUAUGGGAUUUGUGAGGGUAUUCUGAAAGAACAAUGUCCAAGAGGCCUACUUGCCAAAAAUGAGCAUUUCGGGGCAAAUUUUCUCUGAGAUGUUAGCCGGUUAUACUCAGAAAACUCCAUACAAACCCUUCCAAUUUUUUUUUUGGGUCCACCCAAAAAUAAUUUAGAAGGAUGGAGUUUUCUAAGCAUAACUGGGCUAGGAUCUCAGAGACAAUUUGCUCCGAAAUGCUCAUUUUUGGCAAGUAGGCCUCUUGGACAUUGUUGUUUAGUACUCUAUUACAUGGCGAUGUUUCUUUAUAUAGGAUACGGGCAAGGCAACAAGUUAAGUGACGCACGUCAACCGGAAGUGAGUUCUUUUCCCUUCUAAGAUGCCUCCACGCUACCAAAUUUGUAUUCCUAAAUGUGUUUUCAUAGUGACGAUUUGAUCCAAAACUUGGUCAAAAUCACACCUCAAGUCUGCAAAACGUCCACUUCCGGUUGACGUACGUCGCUCAAAAACGUCGUUGCUUAAGUUCCCUGAUGGCAUUAUGUGAUAGCUAGGUAGUCGUCUGUUGUUGUUUUUUAUUUGUUUGUUUGUUUUUUCAACCUCAGGGUAACUCUACUCGCUUCUUGUGUGAUGAAUCUCCGAACCUUCCCACAUGAUUCUCAGCAAUGCCACCUCAAGUUUGGAAGCUGUAAGUUUUUCUUUUUUAAAGUGAUUAAUGUUAAAAAUGUCAUCCUAUGUUUUGCUACUCAUGGCCUAAAGCGGUUUUCUACGAAAUCCUCUCCAGUUAAUUUAAUUACAUGGUUAAAGAGAUAAAAGUGGAGGCUAUUCUCUCCUUAAGAGUUUAGUUCUUUUGCUAACGAGACCAGCGAAAGAAAUCCCUGGGAACAGCCAUCACUGUCCAUAUGCAGGAGCCCAUAACUUCCAUACCAGUCCAAUGGGAGGUUUCCGUAUUAAGCUUGUGUCCGUGUAGUGCGGUUUGACUACCUAUCAGAGCGCAAACUGUUCCUGCUGUUUACUUAUAAACCUUUUAACGUUUUAUACUCGCCUCAUCCAAACAUUGUUUAACUAACAAUGAUGGUGUUUUUUAAAUAUAUAUAGACUCGUAUACAAGUAGCGAUAUCGUUUACGAAUGGAUUCCUGGUGAGGUUCAGUUUGGAAACAAAGAGCUAUCUCAGUUUCAGCUCAAGGGCUCCGAGUUAACAUCUAAAAUAGAAGUUUUUUCUGUAGGUGAGCAUAACAUUCUUUGUUUUUUAUCUCUGGCUCCUGCUGUUUGUCGCUGUUUUUCUCGUUGAGCUUCUCUGGCCUGUCGCCUACUUUCUAUUUUUCUUUCUCUAUUUUCUAAAUUUGUGGAAAUGACAAUUAAUCUAAGUUUAAAAUUUUAUUCAACACAUAAACAAUUUCCGCUUUCCGUUUUCGUCUGUAUUGUCUUUGCUUUUUCGGGUGGCUAAGCGAUUUCCUCUCCAAAAUAACCUCGAGUUGUAUUUAGGUUGCCAUACUUGUUUAUUGAGUUGUUUUACAUUCAUAUGCCUGUGGUACGGACGGACGGGCGGACGGACGGACGGACGGUCACGUGAUUUCCAAAAUUUCUCGGAUGGCUAGAUUACCAGAUUUUCUUAGGUAUGGGGCUACGCUCUCGCGCGCGUGGAGCUCCGCUACAAAUAGCGCAAAAAAAUGGUCAUUUCGAAUAUUGAGUCUUAAGUUAUACUGUCAGCCACGACAUCAGAAACUUCAAGAAGCUUAUCAAAAUUGAUUUUCCUCUUAUUCAAAAUGGGUAAAACAGACAGUUUCAAACCAAACCCUCACGUUAGAACGGACUUGUCGUUAUUUAUUUGUUCAAUGUAUGAAUAAAAUGGUUCGCAAAUCCUCAAACCUCACUUAACUUGUACUUAAUUUUUAGGGAACUACUCGACAAUAACAGUCACGUUUUCCUUCGAAAGACGCAUCGGCUACUUCCUCAUCCAAGUCUACUUUCCAGAUAUUUUUGUUGUGAUGCUUAGCUGGAUCGUCUUUUGGAUGGAAAAAGAUGAUAUUGGCAACAGAAUGGCUCUUGGAAUCACCACCAUACUCACAAUCAUGUUCCUUCUUGGAUCACUUAAUGGCAACCUACCCAAAGUCAGUUACCCAAAAGCCCUGGACUGGUAUCUACUGGUCUCCUUCAGUUUUGUGUUCUUGUCGCUGAUCGAAUGCAUGAUAGUGUAUCUCUUCGUGGCUGAAGCCAAACAAGACAAACAAAAGCCGAUAAAAGUCAUGGUAAAUGGAUUAAUUUUAGCUAGAAAGAUGACUUGA